AGAUUUCAAGAACAAGUUGUUUUUAUUAAGGAUUGUUUUUAUUCUGUUGGUGAUAAAAUUGUGCCCUUGUAUUAUGGUGAUGUCAAGAGACCGAAGAUGACAGUUUCUGUCUCUACUGGUUUGACCAUUCUUAAUAAAGCUAUUAAUUCAAACAAAUGUCCAUUGAAAGUUUCUUUAGUAGGAAUUCUCCAGGAAUUGCUACAAAUUGUAUUCCAGCAUCUUAAUCCUCAAUUUGUAUCUUUAAAAAACAUAAUUCGUCUACAGGGUUCACUUGUUUUUGUUGUAGAUCAAAUGGAAGUUAUUGACAAUGAUUUUUAUCUUAUCCUUCUUCAUCGUAAUGUUGUUAAAAACUUGAGAGAGAUUGUAGAAGUUGAAAUAUCUUUAGAAGGUUUUACCAAUAAUGACAAUACCUUUUCAUCAAAACCUAUAAAAAUUGAGCCAAUUGAUAAAUUAGAAAAAAGUUAUACUAAUCAAUCUUUGCAUAGUACCUUGAAAUCUUAUAAUCCUAGUAUUAGUGGUGAAAAAUAA